CUAGAGGGGUAGAGUUUGACACAAACUUUGAAAAGAAGCAGAGCAGACAUCCUUCAGUCGUUCCUCAGGUUUAGAUUCAGGGAUCGAGGCUGCUGUACAGGCUGCUGCUGGACAUGAUGUGUCUGAGACGGGUGCUGAUCUCUCAGGUUGUGCUGCUGUUGGUGGUGGAGAGUGGCUGGACACUGUCCUGUUUGCCCUGUUACAUGGUAAGAUGUCCAGAAGUGCUGCAGUGUGCAGGGGGAAAAGUGCUGGAGCCCUGCAUAUGCUGCUACGAGUGCGCCAAACAGAAGGAUGAGAUUUGUGGAGGUCCGUUCGACAAUUCUGGGACAUGUGACGAGGGGCUGGAGUGUCUGAGAAGUGGACGCUACAAUGAGGGAGUGUGUAGAGAAAAGACUAACGAAACGACCACACAACGUCCUGAAACAACCACACGCGAUGUAGGAAAAGCACAUCGAGAUUUCAUUGAGUGGCUGAAAUCCAGGAAUCUACGCAGAGACUGAGGAGAAGAAGGUGCAGAUGAUUCAAGUGAUGUUGAAACUACUCUCCAAAUGAACACUUUCUGUUAUAUCAACAGUAGCAUCCAUGCAUUUUUGCUUGAUUAAUAUUUUUUGCAGUAGUUAAGCUGUGGACUUGUUGCUAGUUUAAAUUCCAAAUAAUUCAAAAGUUAUAAACCAUUCAUGCAUGUGAACACAUAGAGUAUAUAUAACUGGUUUUAAGGACUGCUUGAUGUUUCAUGAAAAUUAUAUACUGAUUAAUAUAAAAGUCUAAUAAAUGAUAAAUGGGUCAUGUAUAUCUGGUGACUGUAUUGUCUGGACUGACAUGUAGAUUAAGAUUUAUGAGCCUUUAUGUUUAAUUAGCCUAAUUAUAUAAUAAACUUCAGUGAUUCUUUUAUAUGAAUCAGUUUCGCUGCAUGUCUUCUUAUCCUAAAUGUAUACAUUGUUCCCUUAAGUGUCCAUAAACUGGGGCCUGAUGGCAACAAUCUGUUAAUGUUUAUUAAAAAUGCAUGGGCAACUGAAUCA